CUUACACAUACAUGUCAAAGUGCUUCAUGCUGUGAGCUCACGCAGAGAGAACCAAACCGCUGCUGAUGUUUUCACAUCCAAUUGAGUCCAGGUCCUGACAGCCAUGACGACGCUGUGUCUGAGGCUGCUCUGGCUCCUCCCCCUGGCUUGCUGCGUCCCCUCCCCCUCCAGACCCCCAUCCAGACUCUGCAGGCGGUGCUGCGACCACCAGGAUCCGCCCGCCAACCCCGCCCAGUACCAGAUGCCCGAGGUCCGCACCGUCAUCAACAUGACCAUCCUCCAAGGUGACAAAGGAGACCGAGGGGACACGGGCACACCUGGCAAGUCCGGUUUAGAGGGACCCUCCGGCCACCGGGGUCUCGUGGGCCCCAAAGGCACCAAAGGCCAGGCCGGCGCCCCCGGAGACGCCUGCAAGACCGCGAGCUCCUUCUUUUCGGUGGGCCGGCGCAAGGCUCUGCACAGCGUGGACUACUACCAGGCGCUGGUGUUCGACACGGUGUUCGUCAACCCCCAUGAGCACUUCAACAUGUUCAAGGGGAAGUUCUACUGCUCCGUGCCCGGCGUCUACUUCUUCAACGUGAACAUCCACACCUGGAACUUCAAGGAGACCUACCUGCACCUGAUGCACAACGCCAAGGAGCAGGUGAUCCUGUACGCGCAGCCCAGCGAGCGCUCCAUCAUGCAGAGCCAGAGCGUCAUGAUGGACCUGGCCCCGGACGAUGAGGUCUGGGUCCGGCUCUACAAGAGGGAGCGGGAGAACGCCGUCUACAGCGACGACGUGGACGUGUACAUCACCUUCAACGGAUACCUGGUGGCCCCGAGCCUCCAGUGACGGGGGUCAGGAGGUCUGGUGCUUAUUACAACGUCCCCUUGCAGCCCGGAGAGGAAUGAGCUUCAGUGAGGACCGCCCACACACGCCGGAGGAGAAGGUUCCUCUCUCUAGAACCACAAAGGGAACCUCCUUCCUGCUCCUGCUGCGCCUCCUUUCAGGGACUUUGUGUUGCAUCACAAGUGGACUCCAAGGUCCAGGUGUGUCCUCUGAUUGGAGGGCUGCUGUCUUACCUUUGACACUUGUUUCCUUGGCUUACCUUUGACACUUGUUUCCUUGGCUUACCUUUGACACUUGUUUCCUUGGCUUACCUUUGACACUUGUUUCCUCGCUCAGCUUUAAAGGGCCAGUCCCGCCACAUUGUCCCCACUUAUUAAUAAUCCAUAUAUCAUUCAUAGAUCAUCUCUAUGAACAGGCUCUGCAUUUAUACACAGAACCUGAAAUAAAAUUAAAAAUAAACAGAACCUGUGGACACCAGGACGAGGUUUUGGCUUCUGGUCCCCGUCUGUGUCGUGUUGACCGAUCACGUUAUCGGAGGACUUAUUGACACCUGAGUGAUCGGUUCUGAUCACGGUGCCAGUGGAACACAUAUUGUUAGAGUAGCCUUUGUUGUGAUUAUAAAAUCAAUUAUUAUUUUGGAUUUGUUUCACAAAUAAUAAACGAGUUGCUCGUCUUUAGUCAACGUACAACCUUUUAGUUAUUUCUAUAUGUUUGGAACUUUCUUUGAUUUUGUUCCUCUGGACUUUAAUUGAUCAUCAUGUAGUUUUAUUUGAUGGUUAAAAGGUCGACAGAUGAAGUUGUUAAAUAGUCUAAAACAUAGUUAGUGUGAGAGGAGAAUCACAUUUCUUGUAAUUUUGGUGAACUGACCCUUUAAGCAUAAGCAUAUCCCAACAUAUUACUAAUAAAAUAAAGGUGCUUUAAGGUUUUGAUGAUUUAAUAUGACUUCAGAGCAGUUCAUGUACAUAUCUGGGCCUUUAUGCCCGGAGUGUUCCU